GCCUAGUCCUUUACUAUUCGUCAAUCGUCACUUCAAUUUAAGAAUUUGCGAGGGGCGUUCAGUUCUGGGCGGGCAGUGCUAUAUAAUUGGGUGGUGGAGGCUGCGCUGGAAACUUAAGAAUGGGGGAGUCCGCUAAACUAAGCAACCUCGACGAGAUACUAAAGCCUUUUCAUCAGAGAGCUUCUGAAGCAGAGGCUCGCUUACAAAGACUUGAAGCUUCCUUAAAUGCUAGAAAAGAUGCUGGAAAUGAGGAACACUUGAAAACGAUAAAUGAUCUUCAGUCAAAGCUAGAAGUUUCAAAUGCAGAACUAAUUUCAGAAAAGGAGAAGGCCCAGAAGCUUGCUGCAGAAAAUGAAAAACUUCAAUACCGCAUAAUUCAUCUUCUACGAGCACUGAAGGAUAAUGAUCAGAAGUUAGAACAAGUUUCAGCACGAGAACAAUUGGAAAGCUUAAAAUUGCAGGGUUCUUGAAAUUUAUUGGCCAACAUAAGUUUAUUUUAUUUUAUUUUAUCAUUGGAAAGCCAAACAAUUUAUUGAAGUUUAUCAUUAUCAUUAAGUAUUGCAUAUUCUACAUCUGUUUGGCUUACUGGUUUUAUAACUAUAGCUUUCAGAUCUUUGUCUUCCUGUUACAGCUUAAUGAACUAAAAUUUCUUAGAAUUAGAGCUAUAUAAGAUGGACAUAGAAAAUCUAGUCAGGAUUGAACAAUCUCUUUUCUUUUUCUUACAAUUUCUUUCACCGUAUUUCUAUA